AGAACGUAAUUAAAAUGCGAAAAGAAAGACUCCCUCAUUUUCCACACACUUUCUUUUUCUUCCACUCUGCCAUCUCAAGUCGUAAGUGCCGAGAGAGAGAGAGCAAUUAGCAAUGGCGCCAAAGUCCGAACUCCCAUUCUCAUCGCGAACGACCCAAAGGAAAGCCGUUCCUGCAUCUAACUUCUUCCUCCAUGCCUAUAUUAAGGAUUGGAGCCUCCAACUCUUACUAAGAAAGAAACCCAAACAUACUUGUUGCGUUUGUGGGCGUUGUUGUUGUUGUUGUUGUUGUGCUUCUUCGCUUCCAUCUUCGGCCACAAGUUUGGGUUUAAAGGAUGCAAGCCGUUGGCGGCCAUGCCGGUGGUGAAAGGACGCCUCUGUUAUCUCGCGGAGAGGGACGAAAGAGGAAUGAUCCUGAGGGGAACGAUCGAUUGUCAGACCUGGAGCAUGGAGAUGCUGUACAGGCCGCAAAUGUCAGCUUCGGGCGAGUUCUUGCACUUGUAAAACCUGAUGCAGGGAAGAUGAUUCUUGCUACAAUAGCUCUCCUAAUUGCCGCCACAUCAGGCAUUCUCAUUCCCAAGUAUGGUGGCAAGAUAGUAGACAUCGUUUCAGGAGAUUUGGGCACACCUCAAGAGAAGAACGAUGCUCUAAAUGCUGUGAACAAUACCAUACUAGAAAUCUUUGUGAUCGUUGUUGUAGACUCUGUCUGCACAGCUCUUCGGGCAUGGUUGUUUUCUUCUACUAGUGAACGGGUGGUUGCACGUUUGAGAAAGAGCUUAUUCAGUCACCUUAUUAACCAGGAAAUAGCCUUCUUUGAUGUUACUAGAACUGGGGAACUACUGAGCCGCUUAUCCGAAGAUACACAAAUCAUAAAGAAUGCUGCAACUGCUAGUCUUAGUGAGGCACUGAGGAACGUGUCGACUGCAGUUAUUGGUCUUUUCUUUAUGUUCUCAACAUCCUGGAAGUUAACCUGUGAGAUCUCUGACCACUGCCACCAUAUCACUUCAACUCUUUACAACUACAGUCUUGCUCACGAUGUACAACUUGUCUUCAUCUGUGCUUAGUGUUGGCUUUGGUUGUUGUACCUGUUAUUUCUAUGGCGGUAAGAAAAUUCGGCAGUUUCCUGCGUGAACUUUCUCACAAGACUCAAGCUGCAGCGGCAGCUGCUGCUUCAAUUGUUGAGGAAUCUUUUGGUGCCAUAAGGACUGUUAGAUCAUUUGCACAAGAAGCUUACGAGGAGUCACGUUACUGUGAGAAAGUUGACGUGACACUGAACCUUGGACUUAAACAAGCUAAAGUUGUUGGGCUCUUCAGUGGAGGAAUGAAUGCAGCAGAAACACUAUCAGUUAUUGUUGUGGUGAUAUAUGGAGCUAAUUUAACUAUCAAAGGCUAUAUGACUGCUGGUGCUCUUACCUCAUUCCUUCUAUACAGCUUGACAGUUGGAUAUUCUAUAUCAGGAUUAUCAAGUUUGUACACAGUGGCAAUGAAAGCGGCUGGUUCGAGUAGGAGGGUUUUCCAGCUUCUGGAUCGGACCUCAACCAUGCCAAAAUCAGGAGACAAAUGUCCUUUAGGUGAUCAAGUUGGUGAAGUGGAGUUAAAUGAUGUCUGGUUUGCAUAUCCAUCCCGUCCUAGCGAUAUGGUACUCAAGGGAAUAUCAUUGAAACUUCAGCCUGGCUCAAAAGUUGCUCUUGUGGGACCUAGUGGCGGAGGGAAAACCACAAUAGCAAACUUGAUCGAAAGGUUCUAUGAUCCAACAAAGGGCAAGAUUCUCCUAAAUGGAGUUCCUCUGGUUGAAAUAGCCCACGAACAUCUUCACAAAAAGAUCAGUAUAGUGAGCCAAGAGCCUGUUCUUUUCAAUUGUUCAAUAGAGGAAAACAUAGCCUAUGGCUGUGACGGAAACAUAAGCAGCUCUGAAAUAGAAAAUGCAGCUAAAAUGGCCAAUGCACAUGAGUUUGUGUCGAACUUCCCCGAUAAGUACAAAACUCAUGUAGGAGAGCGUGGGAUAAGGCUGUCUGGAGGCCAGAAACAAAGAAUAGCAAUUGCCAGAGCCCUACUUAUGAACCCCAGGAUUCUUCUCCUCGAUGAAGCCACAAGUGCUCUGGAUGCUGAGAGUGAAUACCUAGUCCAGGAUGCAAUGGAUUCUCUGAUGACCGGAAGAACUGUCCUAGUCAUAGCUCACAGGCUAUCAACAGUCCAAAGUGCCGACACUGUUGCAGUAGUUUCUGGUGGACAGAUCGUUGAGAGCGGCGGACAUGAAGUGCUACUCAGCAAGAAUGGAGUCUACACAGCACUAGUGAGGAGGCAACUACAAGGAUCCAGAACAGAGUCAACAGUUGACCAGAAUACUGCAGCCUAGUAUCCAUAUCAAAGUAGUUGCUGUUUUUUUUUUAUAUAUAGGGUCACCAUUACUUGGCCACCUUUUUCUUCAUCCCCAGAGGGUUGACUUGUGCAGGCAUGUCUGCUUGCCUGCUGCACCUCUUAUGUUUAUAUUUACCAAGACUUCACAGUUUGUACGAUCUCAUAGCAAUAGUAAAUGGUUAAGUUGUGUCUUAUCCGUUGAAUGCAAAAGAAGAAAAAUGGUGUUUCUGUUUUCAAUACUGAAUUGGCAAUCUCUCCAAGCUUAAAUUAAACCCUUUUGAGAGCAGGUACAUAUCUAGAGAGUGCAAUAGGAGAGCCGUCAAUGGCGAAAUCCAUUAAUUAACGCAGUAAGCAGCUAUCGAAGUUCCUGGAGGUGAUGGUUCUGUUCGAGAAGAUGCAGCAGACCGGUCUGGAGC